AUGGGUGAUAAAACUGCUCCGACAAAACCCGAAACACUUCAUCCCGUCUACACCGUGACCAACAUCCAAAACAAAGUCAGAAUUUUGGAUGGCAAGAAGGUAACCUAUUCGUCGUGGGUUAAGCUAUUUCAGUUGCAUGCUCGCGGGUACAAGGUCUUGGACCAUAUCGAUGGUACAAAACCUCCCGGCGAAGAAGACCCAGCGUAUGGAAACUGGAUGGAAAUAGACGCGAUCGUCCUCCAGUGGAUCUACGGAACACUUGCAGACGACCUCUUGGCUCGCUUGAAAGAUGUGGGAAGUCCGAUCACCGAAAAGAGGUUAGUCAUUCAACUUGUUCGUGGCUUACCAUCCGAGUUUGAUAUUACUGCCGCUCACAUCAAUCAAACUCUACCUUCUUGGGACGAUGCUGUUGAAAUGCUCAAUCUUGAGGCUGACCGUCAUGCCGCGCGUGACAACUCGUCCAUUCUAGGGCCGGUGCCUGAAGCUCAUGCAGCCAUUCAUAAUACUGGAUCCAGUUACAAUCGCCAGCUAAAUAGAAACGGCCCAAACAGACCAAAUAAUAACAGGCCCAACAACCGAUCCAACCCUCGACCCAAUGCAAACCAUCGCCUUCAGCCCAAUCAAUCAUCCACCACAGCCCACAACUCGCAUUCGGCCCAGUGCACAAGCAGACCCCCACAACCCAAUCAGCGCCCUCCAUGGGCCGGCCCAUAUCACCCACCACCGUCACCAUACUGGGCCCCAUAUUAG